AUUUAAAAAAUUUGUAUUUGAAUUAUUACAGAAAUCUUAAAAGAUCAAAAAAAAUUGAGAAAGAAGAAUACUUGACCUCCAGAUCCGUCGCCGUUGCCGGUCGUCGGCCAGUUCCUAUCCGUCGCCGUUGCCGGUCGCCGGCGCAAUCCACGGCAGCCAAGGAAUUUUUUUUGCGAAAUGGAGAUAAAAGACGGUAGUGAAAGGGCAAAAGAGAUCAGCUUUAAAUGUGUUCAGUGUGGAUUCUCAGUCACAACUCUAUACAUACAGUACUCUCCUGGCAAUAUCCGCCUCAUGAAAUGUGGAAAUUGCAAAGCAAUUGCUGAUGAGUACAUUGAAUGUGAACUUAUGAUAUUGGUUAUUGACUUGAUUUUGCAUAAAAUUAGAGCCUACAGACACUUGUUCUAUAAUAGGUUCUCUCCAGAGACUUUGCAUAAUGAGUGCUUGUUAUGGAAAUUAUCGUUGGGCUUCUUGAUAUUAGAUGCUUACCAAAUGUUGGUAGUAUGCACAACUCAAGAUGAGAGGAGUUUGCCGGCAAGCUUUGCCUCAUUUCUGGGGCUUUCUGGAAAGGUGCUCAUGGGAGUCUUCUUUGGGAAUCUCAUUUUCCUUGGCAUAAUUCUAUUUGGCACAAGGAGGUUUCUGAAUGCAAAAAUAGGAGAUUCAAGGUGUAAGCACAUAUUGCUUUCGAUCCUCGUUUCGAGUUACUUCAAGAUUUUUCUUAUUGCAAUGAUGGUGUGGGAAUUUCCCUCUUCAGUUGUUUUCAUCAUUAACAUGUUUGUCUUGUCAUCUAAUGCACUGGCAUUGCUGGUGAUCACGGAUGCGGUCAUGAUUAGAUGCAUAUGGAUCUGCUUUGCUGCACAUGCCAUGAAAUUCCUUGUUACUCAAGGGCUUGGAGCAUAUCGAAAGCUAGUUCUUUGGUAGUCAUUUGGCAAAAUUUAUAAAUGCAUACUCUUCUAAUGGUUGCACCUUGCAUUAGCUUGAGAGGCGUGACUUCAAAUGCCAAAUGGUUCAGGCUGAAAACCCCAUUCCACGUGGAUCCUACGGGGUGUAAUCAAGGCUUUUACAAUUGUCUGAUUGGAUGGGGUCCUGAAAGCUCCUCUUUGUUUUGUCUUCAACAUUUCCUACCCGUUGUGGGUCCAACGUACUAGAAUAAGCAAGGUGGUAUUUUCGGAUAGGAAAGUUUGACUCCGGUGAUCGCUGAGAUGCCUACGUCAAACAUGGAGAGCAGCAUUGAUACUCUCUUUACAAUAAUGAUGUUCUAUUGUUUUUCACUUUUUCAAUAGAGAUUUGUAUUCUUUGGUCAACAGUCCAUUUAGAAUACAGGUUAACAUUAACCUAGGAGAACACCUAUUAGCACUAUUUUGUUUUUGUUAUGCUAGAUCUUUGUUUUUAUCAUUUUCUGAGUGUCAGAUAAGUUUUCAUCCA